AUGGCUGACCCAUUCCCGUCGCUCACCCAGGACCCCUUCCCGCCCCAGCCUGUCGCUGCCGCCUAUACCUCGGCUUCGUCUGCCGCUGCUGUCCUCGACGCCAGCAAUGCUGCCGCUUCCAACGGCGCCGGCGCUGCUGCGUCGUCUGCCACCAACGGCCGUGCAGCUCGCUCCAAGCAGCCCGACUUCUCCUCCGAGUCCGCUUUCCCUUCGCUCGGUGCUACCGCCAACCCCGCCAAGGGCCAGUGGGGCAACAAAGGCUCCACCUGGACCGGCUCCGCCCCCGUCAUCCAGCGCUCAGUGGCUCAGCAGACCUUUUCGCUCACGCUCUCGCACGAAUCCGUCGCCAAGCUUUCCACCGUCAUGUCCAAGGUGCAGAACAAGUACCGCGGCCUCAAAAUCGAAGCUUCUACCACGCGCAAGACUGGCACCACCACCUUUGUACUCAAAGCUGCCGACGACGCCGUGGUCAAAAGCGCCAAGCGUGAAAUCACUGUCCUGCUCGCCAAGCACGUCUCCACCCACAUCAUGAUCCCCGCCUCGCUCCGUGCUUUUGUCAUUGGCACCAAGGGCAAGAACCUCAAGGCCAUCACCGAGCAGACCAGCGUCAAGGUCAACAUGCCGCCCCGCGACCCCGCCGUCGACCAGGCUGCCGAUGCCGAAGCCAGUCAGCGCAACAACAACGUCGACUACGACAACGACGAGCAGAUCGCCGUCACCCUCGAAGGUGACGAGAUCAACGUCAAGCAGGCCCAAGCCAUGAUCCAGGCCAUCGUCGCCGAGAGGACGUCCAAGAUCACCCAGCGACUUACCCACAUCGACCAUAUCUUCUACCCUUUCAUCGCCGGCCCCAAGGGUGCCAAUGCUGCCCAGCUCGAAAAGCAGCUCGGCGACGGCGACAUCUCGGUCCGCGUGCCUCCUCGUGCUGCCUUCCUGCAUGCCAAGGACGCUGCCGACGACGAUGCCGCAGAGCCCAAACGUGAGCGCGACCUGGCCAUCGUCGUCUCGGGCGAUCGCGAGAAGGUCAACAAAGCCGUCGCUUCCAUCGAGGCCCAGGUCGAGGAGAUGAAGAAUUCCUUCCGCACACUCGCCAUCAGCAUUCCCAAGCGACAGCAUCGAUUCCUCGUCGGCGAUGCUGCCAACGACAUCCUUGCCUCCACCUCGUGCAGUGUCGAACUCGCCGCCAUCGACGAUCCGUCGGACAGCGUCACCAUCCGUGGCCCUCAGUCUCAGCUUCCGCUCGCGCUCACCGCCGCCAUGGAGAAGGCAAACGCGGUCCGCGUCGAGGUCAUCGACGUUGUCGCAGCGCACAGAUCGCUCGCCAAGGACCCUGUCGGCCAUGCCAAGCACGUCCUUCGAUGGCUCAGCGUCGGCGGUAAGGUCCCGCGCAGCUCCACCGCUCAGAUCUACCUGCCACGACCCGCCAUUGUCGACUCGACAGGCAACGUCCAGAUCGAAAUCGUAGGUUCGGAUGCUGCCGAAGUGUCCAAACUCAGGGAGACCAUCCAGGAGCUUGUCAAGGCCAUUCCUCCCACCUUUGUCGAGGAGCUCGAGGUCGAUCCGCUCCUUCACCGUUUCAUCAUCGGCAAGAAGGGUCACGGUCUGAAACAAUACGAGGCCCGCGGCGUCGACGUCCUCUUCCCGCCUGCAUCCUCGAGCGCCGAUGGCGAUUCACGCUCCGACGUCUUGCUCGUUCUCGCCGGCUCCUCUGUCAUCGCCGGUCUCCCCGCGGACCGCAAGGCUCGCGAUGCCAAGGCCAGCGAGAUCCUCAACGCGGUCAAGCAGGACAUUGAAAAGGCGCAGGUCGCCGCCGCCGACAUCCGCAGUGAGACCCUCACCGUCCCCGCAAAGCUGCAUCGGGCCAUCCUCGGCCCCAACGGCACCACUCUCAACGCCGUAAUCGGCGAGGACAGGCUUGUCGCCGUCAAGCUUGGUUCCAGCAAGGCCGCUGCCGCCGACAAGAACGGCGCCAGCCUUUCCGAGGAUGCAAUCCUGGUUCGCGGUCCCAGCACCGAGGUUGAGCGUGUCGUCAAAGAGCUCCAACGCAUCGCUACCGAGGCCGAGCAAGACAACAUCAUCAACGGUCACGUCGCCGAAUUCUCGGUCGACUCUAACCACGUUCCUCAUCUCGUCGGGCGUGGCGGCUCCGCCAUCACCAAGCUCCGAGAAGAGCUGGGAGUGCGCAUCGACUUUGGCGAGCCUUCGAGUGCCGACGGUGCUGACAAUGCAAAGAAGGGUCGCAAAACGGCAUCCUCCACCAAGGUGGUGCUGACUGGUCGCAAGGAGAACGUUGAGGAAGCCAAGAAGCGUCUUCAGACGCAAGUCGAACGACUCGCCGAUGAGACCACCGUCACGCUCAAGAUUCCACAGGAGAUGCACGGAAGCUUCAUCGGCCAGGGCGGCAAGUACGUCACUCGUCUUCAGGACACCUACGCUGUGCGCAUCAACUUCCCCACCGCCAACGCCCAGAGCGGCACCUCGACUCCUUCCGAGGCUAACGACGACAAGCUUGCCGGCGGUCGCGCCAGCCAGAAGCCCGACGAGGUCAUCAUCAAGGGUGGCAAGAAGGGCGUCGAGGGUGCCAAGGCGGAACUGCUCGAGCUGCUCGAGUACGAAAAGGAGCACAACAACGUCGCCGUGUUGGCGGUCAGCACCAAGUCUAUCGCCCGCAUCAUGGGUAAGGGUGGUGCCACCAUCAAACAGAUCCGAGACGAGAGCGAGGCUCAGGUCGACGUCGACCGCGAGGACAAUGAAAAGGACGGAACCACCUCCAUCAAGAUCCGCGGAACCAAAAAGGCCAUCGCCGCCGCCAAAAAGGCCAUCGAGGCCAUCUCGUCCGAGGUCGAUGCAGAGCAAGUGUACACGCUCACCAUCGCUCCCGAGCACCACGGUAUCCUCAUCGGUCCCCAGGGAUCCAACAUCCGUGAUCUCAUCAUCAAGGCCGGCGGGCCCGAGGACACCAAGGCAUCAUCGCAGUAUGUUCAAUUCCCGCGCCGAAACGAGAAGGACGCAUCGACCGUCACGAUCCGCGGCCCCGCCUCUUUGGCCCAGGCCAUCCGCGACGAGCUUGAGAGUGCUGCCGAGGUCCUUGCCUCUCGCGUCGUCUUCGGUGUCAUCGUCGCGCCGCAAGCGCAGAGGAUGCUUAUCGGCCGCGGCGGUUCGCGUCAGUCCGAGCUGCAGACGCAAUACUCCGUUCGUCUCGUCUUCCCUGGCUGGAAGGAGUACGCCUCUACCGGCGAGCCGCUCAACAAGGCCGAACUUGCCGGCGGCGAUGACUCGACCAUCGUCAAGAUUGUCGGUGCCGAGGACAGGUGCAAAGCGUUGGCCGAAGAAAUCAAGUCGAGCUUCGCGUCCGUCUCCAAGGCGAUCAGCGUCUCUCGCGGUGUGCAUGCUCGCAUUGCCACGCCUCAAUUCUUCCGUCAGCUCCGUUCCGACUUUGGCGUCUCGGUCGACACGCCUCGCGAACCGGCUUCAGCCUCGACCACGGCUGCGUCGGCCAAGAACGGUGCUAAGUCCGUCGGUGCGCGCAUCGACGAUGACGACGACACAGACGAGAACGAAUUUGAGCUCGAAGAGCUUUCCUCCGCUACUUCGGGCAACGACUCGGUUUCGUGGACGCUGACCGGCAAGGAUGAGGGUUCGCUCCAAAAGGCUGAGAAGCGCAUUCAGACCGCCAUCAAAGACGCUGGCAACGCGUCGCACCAAGGCAAGCUGUGGGUCUCGCCCUCUGCCGUACCGCGCAUCAUCGGCCGUGGCGGCAGCGGUCUGAUGAACAUCCAAAACGAGUCGGGCGCCGCGGUCGAGAUUCCUCGAGACGCUGGCGGACUCUGCAUUAUCCGUGGCUCCAAGGACGCCGUUCUGCACGCCAAGGAGCUCAUCGAAGGCGUAGCUUCGUCCGGCGGACGUGCUUGA